AACUAUUAUCAUCACAAACACACACACACAUACACCAAAGAACAACAAAAUCUUUCUUUCUUCUUCAUACAUCAAAGAGAGAAGCAAUGGAGGCAAUGAAGAUGAUGGUUGUUUUCAUGGCCGUUGCAGUGGCUUUCUCAGCCGUAGGACAAGUUGCGGCCGCCACCAUGGAGGCUCCGGCUCCAAGCCCAACUUCUGAUGCUGCUAUGUUUGUACCGGCAUUGUUUGCAUCUGUUGUUGCUUUGGCAUCUGGUCUUCUCUUUUGAGCCCGAAACACACACACUUAUCAUUCUUUUUUUUUUCUCCAUUCAUUUUAUUGUUUUGGUUAAUGAGUUUGUGUGAUUUGACUCUAUUGUUAUCAUAGAGUCUUGUAUUAUUCUUAAUGUAACCAUCUGUUUCUAUAUGUGCUUGUAUGUAUUUACGUAUCAUCAGUCGUCAGACUGUUUAUGGAUUCGUUUUUCUUACAA